AAUCUUUAGGUGCGGGUACACUUUUUUUUCUCUUCUCCUACCUGAAGCCCAUCCUUCGUAAUCGCAAUGGAUUCUGCGAAAAACAUAGAAUCUCAUUCUGAUGGUGAAUCUGAUAUCUUCGACAGUGGAAGUACAAGAAGUGAAUCUCCAAGUCCAUUUGAGCCAGUUUCAGUUAUUUUACCAUCUGAAACAGAUGAACAAUAUCAGAAAGCAGCAGAGACCAUAAUUCAUCAUUCUAAAGAUGCCGUCAAAGGAAAGGAAAUAUCUGCUCCUUAUGAAGUUCCGCAUUUUCCCAUUGAAAAAGCUGAAUCUCGAAGGGCAAUUCAGAGGCAACUUUCAUCAAGAGCAUAUAAGGAAUUAUUGGAGAAACGAAGCUAUGAUAUUAAUUUAUCACCAAAUGAUGUUGUUGACCACCAUGCUCCUCUCUAUGACACACAGUUUCUUCCUAAUUUUCAACGAGUUUCGGUUAGUGGUGAACAUUGCUCUGGAGUUCCUUUAGAAGAUCUUCAGCAGGCUUCUACAAUUUUGCUUCAAGCCCUCAAACUGAGACAGAAGUAUAUAAACAUUUCAUGCCAGACAUUUCCUGAAAUAACUUCUAGAUUUUUGAAACCGGAAGAUGAACAUUGGUUCUCUCAUGGUAUUGAUGCUGAAAUAGAAGAAUCGGAAGAACCCCCUAUUUUUGAACCUCCAACAGUCAAAGAACCUUGGAAAGCAGAACCAAUUGAAGAAUGGGACUGUCACUUUAUAAUGAAUGAAGGUGUUUAUGAAGUAUAUCAUGGACCAGCAAAUUUGGAAGCGUCAAAUAAAUUUGAGUUUAAUUAUCCACAUCUGGCUGAAUUUGUUGCUGAUUUGCAACUUGUGGGAGCUAUGAUUGCUGAUGGGCCACUAAAAUCCUUUUGCUACCGAAGAUUGACAUAUCUUUCUGCAAAAUAUCAGUUGCAUGUCUUGCUAAAUGAGCUCCGAGAAUCGGCUGCUCAAAAAGCUGUACCUCAUAGAGAUUUUUAUAAUACAAGGAAGGUUGAUACCCAUGUGCAUGCUGCUUCUUGUAUGAACCAAAAGCAUUUGUUACGCUAUAUUAAAAAGUCUAUGAAAACUCAUGCUGAUGAUGUGGUACGGAUUUGCAAUGGAAAGCCUAUGACUCUCAAACAGGUCUUUGAAACUUUGAAUGUUACUACUUAUGACAUGAGUGUAGAUAUGCUUGAUGUUCAUGCUGAUAGGAAUACUUUUCAUCGCUUUGAUAAAUUUAAUGCAAAAUAUAAUCCAAUUGGAGAAAGUUGCCUCAGAGAAAUUUAUCUCAAAAGUGAUAAUUAUGUUGAUGGCAAAUACUUUGCAGCAAUUCUAAAAGAAGUAAUUAGUGACUUAGAGGAAAGUAAAUAUCAGAAUGCUGAACCACGUUUGUCUAUUUAUGGUCGAAAAAAAGAAGAAUGGGAUAAGCUAUCAAAAUGGGCAUACAAGUAUGAUUUAUAUUCUGAUAAUGUCAGAUGGCUCAUACAAAUUCCACGUUUAUAUGAUAUUUAUCGGUCAAACAACUUAGUGCAAAAUUUUCAACAGAUUUUGGAAAAUUUAUUUUUACCUCUCUUUGAAGUAACAUGCAAACCAUCGAGUCACCCGGAACUGCAUUUGUUUCUCCAGUAUGUGAUUGGAUUUGAUUCAGUGGAUGAUGAAUCUAAACCAGAAAAUCCAGUUUUUGAUAAAGAUGUACCUACUCCCAUGGAGUGGACUGACCCUGAAAAUCCUCCGUAUUCUUAUUAUCUCUAUUAUAUGUAUGCCAACAUCUGUACUCUAAAUCAACUUAGGAGAGCCAGAGGAUUAAACACAUUUUAUCUUCGACCACAUUGUGGAGAAGCUGGCCCAAUACAGCAUUUAACAACAGGUUAUCUUCUGAGCGAAAAUAUUUCUCAUGGUUUAUUAUUACGAAAGGUUCCAGUUCUCCAGUACUUAUAUUACUUAGCUCAAGUAGGCAUUGCAAUGUCACCGCUGAGCAACAACUCUUUGUUUCUGAAUUAUCAUAGAAACCCUCUGCCUGAAUACUUAAGUAGGGGUUUGUGUGUAUCUCUCUCUACUGAUGAUCCUUUACAGUUCCACUUUACUAAGGAGCCACUUAUAGAAGAAUACAGUAUUGCUGCACAGGUGCUGAAGCUUAGUAGCUGUGAUAUGUGCGAACUUGCUCGCAACAGUGUGCUUAUGAGUGGUUUCCCAGAUGAGUGGAAGAGAUAUUGGCUUGGUUCAAACUACACAAAGGAAGGUGUCGCAGGAAAUGAUAUCAGUCGCACAAAUGUCCCAGACAUAAGAGUGUCAUACAGAUAUGAAACUUUAGUAGAAGAACUGACUACAAUAUCAUAUUCUCGUUUAUUGCAAUCAAAAGCAGCAAAUAAUGUCAAUCAGGAUCAAGUCUCUUCAGUUUAAACACGCUGGACGACUUAAACAUGUGAGUCUAGGAGUUGUUAACUAAUUGUUAUUGGUAAAAAUGAUAAAAGUUGAAUUUAUUUUUAAAAAUAUAUUGGUGUGUGGGAUGUGUUAGAAUAGUUUUAAUUUUUUCUUGGCAAAACAUUAUUAUUAUUUAAUGUUAUUUGAAUCAUUUUAAAAUGGAAACCAUUAUGAUAAGUACUCUUGAAAAUUGUAAUAAUUUAUCGGGUUUAAAUUGCUAAUUGUAUCUCUCCUCUUUUCUUUUUUUUUCUUAUAUUUAAAGUCUAAGAAAAGAUUGCCUAUCUUUUAUUUUUUAUUAUGCAUUUCUUUUAUGUUGAGCAAAAUUCUUCUGCAGUUUAUGUUCAAACUGUUUUACAGCAUUUUUUGUAGCAGCAUUAUUCAAUUACUAAUUUUUGUGUACAACUGUGUACGUAAAAUUUAUCAUUAGCAUGCGACAUAGUUCUAGUUUUUAAAUAUGUUGUAAGGUAAAAUUAAAAUUAAUGAUAAAUUCUUCUGUUCAUUAACAUAAAUUUGACAAUGUUUGAUUCAUUUUUCUUGCAAGUAUUUAUUGCUAAAUUUAAAAAAUUUCAUUUAAAGAUUUAUACUUUAAGAAUAACAGAUUUGUAAUAAUAAUGCUUCAAAAGAUGCUUUUAUAAUUGUGAUAUUAAUUACUUAAUCACACACUGUUUCAUACAUUUCUUGUACUGAAAAAUAAAAUUGAAAAAAAAAAAAAAAACAUUAUUAUUUACAGUCAAACUAGUUCAAAUAAAGUGCUACUGAUCUGUAAAAAACUUUUUUUUUUGUUAAUGUAAAUUAUCUUUACACUUUUAGAGUUGCUUAUAUAUUUAUAUAUGUAUAUAUGAAGCACCUAGAAGGAAAGGGGUGUAAGUGCCAAAAAUAAAAAUUUGGAGCUAAUUUGUACAAUUAGUAGGAGAAACUAUUGUCUGUUUUGCGGCAAGAGAAGGUAAGGGUGGCCCUGGGAAAAUGUUUCUUCUACACAACACAAUUUAGAAAAACUUUUAGAUCAAACGAUGAAAGCCUACCUUAAAUUGGAAUCUUACACAUGUUUUACUCAAAAAUUUGACUUAUAUCCCUUUGCUUCUCACUGCCUCAUAUAUAGGAUUGUUAAGAAUAAAAGUGUCCUGUGAUAGUAUUUUUGACUUAUAUAUUUGAUGUAAGAAUUAAUAAGUAGAUUUUAUAUUAUUAGGUAGAACAAUCGAUAGAUUAACGUCAUUUGUAUUUAUGUGUUUGUGAGUGUGUAUACAAAAUUACUAAGUACCGAAAUCGUAUGUUUCAAAAUUAUUGUGAUACUUUAUGAUGUGUGUUCCUACCCCUCUUUAUCAUGUUGUUAAUCUAAAUAUCAAGAUAUUCGAAUGAAUUAGCAUUUUAAAUAAUCAAACUUUAUUAAUGCUUUUAAGGGACCAGUUUUAAUUCAGUCAACAGCUGUAAUCUAAUCAAAUUGUUUAUGUGUCUGAAAUUAAAUAUAUUAAUCAUUUUUAGUUUUUUAAAGCAUACCCCACCCCUCCUUUCCCUCAGUUUUAGUAUUUUUUAUACAGCAUAGCUCUCUUAAUCAGUUUUACCUCAAUAUUCUCCAAAAAUAAAUAAGUAAAUAAAUAAGAAUAAUAAUUGUAAUAAAUAUGAUAAUUGACUUCAUUUUGGUUGUUGUACAUAGGUUUGAAACAUUAAUUUAAAUUAAUAUUGUGUCUCCGAGUAUCAAUUUUGUACUUUCUUUGUUUGAACUUUAUUUAUAAAUGUGCCAAUAAUUUAGAACAUUUUAUCAGAAGGUGUAAGGAGGUGUGAAGUAGUUUAGUAUUUUCUUUUUGUCCAGUUAUUUUUCUCAAUAAUUGAACUGGGUUGGAAUAACCUUUGCAUUUGUAUCAGAUGUAAUUUGUCCAUUGAAAAUACCGUUAUUAUGAAAUUUAACUAGUUCAUAAUAAACUAAAGUAGUUCAUAAUAAACAUAACCAAUUAACAAAAUCAUGCAAAUGAAGUUUUAAUCAAAUUUUAUCCUUCCGUAUUUCUUAUCAAUCAUCAAGUUUUUGACAUGAAUUUUUAGUAUUGUUUAUCUUUGCUUUAAAAUUAUGUUUCAGAAUAUAAAUCUUUAUAUGUUCAUUUAAAAUAAAUAUUUUUAAAACAAAACCAAUGCAUCAAGCACAAGUAAAUAUGAAAAACUGAAACAUGGUUGAAAGCAUUUAAAUCAUGGUGAUACUUGAUAAACUCUCUAGAUUAACAGCAGGACACAUAAUUAUAAUAUGUGUGAUAUACAGUGAAAUCCCGUUACUGCUAGUACCAAUACAACGAAAUUUCUGUUUCAACGAAAUGAAUUUUUAGUCCAAAUUAAAUUGCUGUUACAUUGCUUGAAUUCCAUUGCAACAAAAUUCCCGUUACAGCGAACAAAAUUUGUGGUCCCUUGAAGUUCGUUGUAACAGGAUUUCACUGUGUGUAUAUAUAUACAUAUACAAGGGGUGAUCAAAUGAAAGGGUACGAAACAACAUAAAAAUGAAACAGUUAAAUAUUUGCAUAUUCCGCCAUGGGAGAAUGUAGCGAGACAUCUCGGGGUGCCAUUGGAUUCUCUGACUGGGAUUGGAGCAUGCGUAGGAGAGAGCAAAGGCUCGUAUAAAAAGCAGCGUCCAAAUGAUGAGGCAGUCCGUAUGAGGACAGGAUGGCGUUCCCGUUGCAAAGUUCGACGAGUGAGGAGCAGCAAGGUGUUAUCCAAUUUCUGACAGCGGGGAGGUGAGAAACCGGCAGCUGUUCAUCGGCAGAUGGUGACCGUUUACGGGGAGAAAUGUGUCUCUGAAAAGUCUGUCAGAAAAUGGAGUGCCUGUUUUCGUGCAGGCAGUGAGAGUGUGGGUGAUGACGAGAGACCAAGCCCUACCAUCCACCUUACAGUCCGGACAUGUCUCCCUGCGAUUUCCAUGUAUUUGGUCCAUUGAAGAAACACCAGAAAGGGAAGCUCUUCAAUUCGGACGAAGUACUCAAGGACACUGCGAAGGACUGGGUCUCCUUACAGGCACAGAGAUUCUGGGAACAAGGAAUCCUACAGCUUGUUCAUCAGUGGGAUCGUUGUGCUCAGGCCUAUGGUUUAUAUUUUGAAUAAAGUAAACAUUUGUACCCACUGUGUCGUUUCGUACCUUUUCAUUUGAUCACCCUUGUGUGUGUGUGUGUAUAUAUAUAUAUAUAUAUAUUUGUGUGUGUGUUUGUGUAUGUAUAUUCUCCUCUUUGCACUUUAGAUAUACGUAAUUUUUAUGCAAAGAAUUUGCUUUCUUAUGUUAGAUAAUAUUUUUCCCUGUUAAUUCUGUACUCAGCAAAUUUUAUCUUAAAUUGCUGUAGGAAUCUCACAGGAAAACAUGCAUUUAUUUUCAUUCAAACUUUUUUCAUUCAUGUUUUUAGUGCUUUUUUUUUAAAUUAAAUUUCAUAACAUGUAUAGUAGAUGGCCAGUCACUUAUGGAAGUCUUAUAAAAUACAUUACCUGCAGACUAAAGCACCUAAUGUUUGGAUUUUGACAUCCGGGUUCUGCUAAGAGAGUGUGGAUUGUGGAGCUUCAUAUAAUUUUGUGCAAUAUUGAUUUAGAAUGGGGGUUAUAUAGUCGACUCCCGCUACAACGCGAUCCGACUUACGCGAAAUGGCUAUAACGCGAUUUUUUUCACCAGUAAAGAAUUUUAGACAUAACGUGAAUUCCUCGCCCGCAACACGAAAAUUUUCGGAACGGAAUUGCGGUAUGUAAGUAUCAGCUUUGUUAUUGGCUACUAAAAAUUUUUUUUUGUGAAUGGACCUUCAUCCCUUUAGCAUCACUGAGAGCGGAAGUUCCCACAUCGUACUAGUCUGAACAUCUCUUAACAAAUACUCCUCAUUUUCCAUUUAUUUUUUUCAUUCUAAAUGUGAAUGUUGAUAAAAUAUAAUGACGCCUAAGAGCGCCGUUUGAUCUAAAGUUUGAAGAUGAAAGAAAAAGAGAAAGUUUCUGACAAUUAAAGAAAAGCUAAAGGUUAUGUGCAUGAGCAGCUGUAAAAUGCGUUGAAGGUAGCACGACAAUAAGGUAUGAGUGAAUCUUGCAUAUGUACAGCUAAAAGUCCAGAAAAGAAAACCGUAAAAGUUCACCGAGUAGUAUCUAAGGAAAAUGAAAAAAUUAUGAAAAUUUAAGCUGCUCUGGCAUUGUGAAUUUAAGAAACCAGGAAGAGGGGUGUUCCAUAGAUGGAAACAUUAUUAAAAAAAAUUAGGGAAGCAACUGUAUUGUUUAUUUAAAAAAUUUUAAGAAUAACGGUUUGAUCACGCAGCAUAAAUCAUCAUCUUCACUUUUUUAUGUUACAAAUAUCAUUACUGGAUCUACUAUACAUUACAACUAUAGUGCUUCUGUUUUUCUUACUACAUACUGUACGUACCAUACUGGUUUACUUUUUUCUUUCUUUCCCAUUGAUCACUGAUUUUGUGCAUCGUAGCAGUAUUUUGGGUUGAAUAAAACGGUUUUUUUCAAAA